AUGGCUGGCGCCGCUCUCGCCGCCGAGCACACCGUCGCCGUUGGUGACAAGGCUGGCAACCUCGUCUUCAAGCCCGACAGCAUCACAGCCGCUGAGGGUGACACCGUCAUCUUCAAGUUCUGGCCCAAGAACCACUCUGUCGCCCAGGCCGCCUUUGCCAACCCUUGCCAGCCCAUGAACAACGGCUUCUGGUCCGGAUUCGUGCCUACUUCCGAUGCUGAGAAGGUUGCCACGACCACUUUCACAUACGAGGUUACCAACGCUUCGGCUCCCGUCUGGUUCUACUGCACCCAGGGCAUGCACUGCCAAAACGGCAUGGUCGGUGUCAUCAACCCUCCUCAAUCUGGUGCCAGGACUCUCGACGCUUUCAAGACUGCUGCAAAGGCUGCCACUGGCAACGUCUCACCCGCAUCCACCGCUGGCACUGGCGGCAACCUGACUGAGAGCGACAACAGCACAUCAACUUCACCAUCUGGCUCACCUUCUUCCUCAUCAUCCGCAUCCGCACCACAAUCAACCGGUGCUGCCUCUCACGUUGCUGGCAGUGCCCUGUUCGCUGGUCUGGCUGAACAGCAGACGUCUUAG